CGACGCAUGCAGCUCUCUCUUCCGGCGACCAGACGAAAGGGUCCCCGCUGACUUGUCGUACUCUCGGUACAACUAUUUACUCGUCCAGAAUACGCUCUCGCCAUGGCUGUCGGUGACCUGAAAACCGAUAAGGGCGUCGAGGACCUCAAUACCUAUCUCGCCGAUCGCAGUUAUAUCGACGGGUGGCAACCAACUCAAGCCGAUGUUGCAGUACUCGAAGCACUGGGAAAAGUACCAACAUCUUCGAAUCCUCAUGUACUUCGUUGGUACAAUCAUAUAAAAUCCUAUGAUCUUAAGUCGCUUCCUGGGGAAAAGAAAACUCCUUCCAUCUUUAGUAUCGCUAGUGCGUCCACAGCAAAGGCAAGCGAAGAUGAUGAUGACCUAGAUUUAUUCGGUUCGGAUGAGGAAGAAGAUGCGGAAGCCGCAAAAAUCAGAGAGGAAAGGUUAAAGGCAUAUGCAGAGAAAAAAUCAAAAAAGCCCGCAGUUAUCGCCAAAUCGAGUAUCGUGCUAGACGUGAAGAGCUGGGGAGAUGAAACAGAUAUGAAAGAAAUGGAAAAUGCGGUAAGAUCGAUCGAGAUGGACGGCCUCAUUUGGGGUGCAUCAAAACUUGUCCCAGUGGGCUAUGGCAUAAACAAGUUACAAAUAAUGUGCGUGAUAGAGGACGAAAAAGUUUCGGUGGACUUGUUGAUCGAACAGAUUCAAGAAUUCGAGAAUCUAGUUCAAUCUGUAGACAUUGCUUCGUUCAACAAGAUCUAAGAAACGAAAACAGCUCAUUACUUUUAAUAUUGGAAUAAUAAAUAUUAAUUGUUUGUAUAUA